AAGGGGCAAAUACUCAAAGGGGUUUCCCCACUGAUGACUGGGAGCAUGAGGGCCUCUUACCAGCUGCGCAGGGGAUCUUCCCGCCGCCUGGAGAGUCCCUUUUCGUGGGGCUUCCUGGGGGUCCUUCUGCUGGCCCUAGAGCUCCUGCUCCCCAUGUGCUCAGGUACCUGUGCUGAGCCACCAAAAUUCAAAACUAUGAAAACCAAGUUUGACUAUGGGAUCAAUAUAAUUUCUGGGCUCUCAGUUGAAUAUGUGUGUUGCCCAGGACACAAGCCUAUUAAUCUUUUUAGUUCCACCUUUACUGUUUGUCAGGCUGAUGGCACAUGGUCACCUGCUCUCCAGGAGGCUUGUACAAUAAUGUCAUGUUCAAAGCUACAAGAACCCCCAAAUGGCAAACUAGUCUUCGUUAAUGGAACUACCCAGUUUGAUUCACAAGUUCAAUAUGUUUGUACUGAUGGUUAUUCCUUAGUUGGAACAAAAAUUCUAAAAUGUGUAGCCACUGAAUAUUCUGUGGUAUGGAGUAGUGCUGCACCAAAGUGUGAAAAGAUUUUUUGUGAGCCACCUAUACAUAUACCAAAUGGAGACUACACCAAUAGAGGCAAGGAUAAAUUUGAAUAUAAUGAAACAGUUACUUAUAGCUGUGAGCCUUCAACUGAAACAGAGCAGUAUAAACUUGUCGGAGAGAGCACACUUGUUUGUAUUGGGCCUGACGAAUGGAGUAGUGAGCCUCCUGAUUGUAAAGCAACAUACGCACCCAGUGAAGGACCAAAAACUAAUGCUGCUGACUUAGAUGGAGUACUCAUUGCUGUGAUUGUUCUGACUACUUGGCGUUGCAGUGGCUGGCACCUGUGUCUAAAUGUCGUCACAUCAGGGAGAGUAAAUUAAACGUUUCUUGAACCUGUU